GAUGCUCAUUACCAGAAGAUGUUGUACGCAAAAUUCAUCUAGUUGAUCAACAAUGUUCCACACUUACGGCAUCUGGUAUUACUGGCUUUUCGGCUCGUAUCCUUGACAAAUCAGAAUAUCGAAUGGAAAAACGAGGAGCUGCUGGUACUGGUGAUAUCAUUGUUGUUCAAUUGGUAGAAAUUAUUAAAAACCAGGACAAAGUCUUGGUUUAUAUCUUCGGGAAGGUAACGGUACUGACAGGAGAAAAAAAAAGAAAAAAAGAAGAAAUUAUUUUCAGGUCAUCAGGUGUAUUUGCAUCUCGUUUUGGUGAAAAUUCAGAGUUGGAAAAGUAUGGUGAUAUCAUUCGUCCUGGUGAUGAAAUAUUAUCAGUUAAUAAUGUAGAUGUAUCUGCGAUGAGUAUCGAUGAUGUAGUAUUGGUACUUUCGAUACCGCGUCGUCUUUUACUUCGAAUACGUUUUAUUAAAAAUAAAAGGGAGAGGAUGACACAAUCACAAUCAAUGGUAACACGACCGGUGGUUGUUUUUCAACGAAGUGAUCAAGAGCAACAUGAUGAUACACCUUCAUCUACCUUACUAAAUCAUCCAAUCUCAACCGCUAAUACAUGGCUUGGUAAAAAAGCUCGUCAACAACAGUAUAGGUAUAUUGUUGCUAACAUAGGUAGAGUAAUUAUUAAGGUAUAA